AUGGAUGAAGAGAUAAAAGGAGAAAAUGCGGACAACUUUUUAACGCAAUUAAACAAAUUAAACAAAAUAAUAUCCUCCUUUAAGGAAAACUGCAAAAUAGCAUCCUACUGCUUCGAUAAGUGCGUUAGUUACCCGGAAAAAAGUUUAAGCAACAGUAACAAGAAGUGCAUAUGGAACUGUACGCAAAGAUACUUGGAGUGUAAUCAUUUUAUAAAAAAUAGAUCAAAAGAUAGUGAUACAUUAGCUAGUUUAAAUUUAUUAGAUGAAUUUAUAAACAAGUAA